AGCAAGGUAUUAUCGCGAUAACAGCACAGAUCUUGUUCUAGGAAAGGAGGGAGUUCGAAGUUAUGCUAGCUAGCUGUUGUUAGUAUCUAUAACUGCCUAACUAGUCAACUUUUUAAACGUCAAGUUCCAAGAAGCUACAGCAACCUUGUAAACAGUUGACCACCAUGGACAUUGAGGAUGACACGACGGUGUUCGCCACUCUUAAGUCGUUUAAGAGUUUCACCUCUCUCCCGGACACGUCUCGGAACCAGGGAGAACCAGCCCCGGUGCAAAGCCACGUCCUACAGAACCAGUACCUGCAGAGAUUACAGUUGCUGGAGGCAGCAGAGAAGGUUCAGUCUAAGACCCAGCUGAUCCAGAUGGACCAGGAGAAGAGACAGAUGGAGAUUAGUCACAAGAGAGCACGCAUCGAACUGGAGAAGAACGCUACGCUGAGUGCUAGGGACUUUGAGCGUGAGGUGGACCGUAACCAGGACCUGCUGGGACGAAUCAGACGCCUGGAAGAGAGGGAGGCGGAGUCUAGCCAGAGCCUAUCGGAAAAGGCAGAGGCAAACCGUGCUCUCCGUCGGACCCUGGAGUCUCUCAACAGAAGAGUGGAGGAGAGGGACGAAUGGCUCAACACCUCUAACCAGACGGUGAGUUGUUUAAAGGAUGAGAUCCGUGACCUGAAGCAGCAGGUCCAGACUCGGGACAACACCAUCUCUAACCAGACUCUGGAGAACCAGGGACUACAGGAACAAGUGGAGCUCCAACACAGGAAGUACCAGGAAGUGUCUCAGCGGUACCAGGCCCUCCAGUCAACAUCGUCCACCUGCUCCGACCACGAACUCAAGAUUAAGGAGUUGGAGAGGAAGUUGGCUCUGCAGGAACAGGAUGUUGUCAUAGUGAAGAACAUGAGGUCAGAGGUUGCUAGGGUGCCGGAUAUGGACAAGGAGCUCCGACAGCUACGAGAGGAGAACAUUUACCUCAGGGAGACGAGGGAGAACGUGAUCCUGCUGAAGGAGGAAACGGAGGGAUUGAGACGUAAGGUAGAACGAAUGGAGAAGAUGAAAGAGGAGAUGGUGAACGUGGAGUUGGAGAAGGAGAAACUGUCUCAGAAACUGCAGGCCUGGGAGAACCUGGGGCAGUCUACUGGACUCAACAUACGGACACCAGAGGAUCUGUCCAGAGAGGUCAUUCAGAUCCAACAGCGAGAGAUCGCUGUCAAACAACACAACUACACUCUCACCAGCAGGUAACACAACUACACUCUCACCAGCAGGUAACACAACUACACUCUCACCAGCAGGUAACACAACUACACUCUCACCAGCAGGUAACACAACUACACUCUCACCAGCAGGUAACACAACUACACUCUCACCAGCAGGUAACACAACUACACUCUCACCAGCAGGUAACACAACUACACUCUCACCAGCAGGUAACACACACAUCAUCAUGCUCAAUCAGCUUAUUGAUAUGCCACACCUGUCAGGUGAAAGGGUUGAUUAUCUUGGCAAAGGACAAAUGUUCACUAACAGGGAUGUAAUAUUUGAAUAGAAAAUGAGAGAAAUAAGGAUCAUUUCUGGGAUCAUUUAUUUCAGCUCAUGAGACAUGGGACCAUCACUUUACGUGUUGC